UCGUGUCUAAGCGUUGUUAUAUUUGACUUUAACGGCUUGGCCAAGGUUUUAUCUUCCGUUACCGCGUUCUGCAAACCUUGUCAAACUCUCUUUGUCAGCGGCUCUUGCCGCGUCCCGUAAAGUCUGGUCUGAAGUGUCCGGAAGUUCUGGGAAAAGCGAGACGAGCAUGAAAAAUUAGUUGGAAAGAAGCCUUCAACCAGGUUUAUUUUAUUUUUUCGAGGACCGUAACAAACACUUUAUCGUUGUAUCCCGUAGCGAGGAGUAAGAUAAAAUCUCUGAAAGAAAUCUGUAGUUAUCAUCGAUGGGUCUGCCAACGCUGGAGUUUAGUGAUUCUUUCCUGGACAGUCCGGAGUUUAGGGAGAGACUGCAGUGCCAUGAGAUAGAGCUGGAGCGCACCAACAGAUUCAUAAAGGAUCUCAUUAAAGACGGAAACAUGCUCAUUUCUGCACUGAAAAGUCUGUCUCUGGCUGUUCAGAGGUUCUCCCAGUCUCUUCAGGACUUUCAGUUUGAAUGUAUCGGAGACGCUGAGACCGAUGAUGAAAUCAACAUAGCCCAGUCCUUAAAGGAAUUCUCUCAGCUCCUGAACACUAUGGAAGAGGAGAGAAGACGAUUAAUUCAGAAUGCAGAUGACGUGCUGAUCUCCCCGCUGGAGCGGUUCAGGAAAGAGCAAAUAGGAGCUGUCAAGGAGGGAAAAAAACAGUUUGAUAAAGAGACGGAGAAGUACUACUCCGUCCUGGAGAAACACCUUAACCUGUCCUCCAAAAAGAAAGAAUCACAACUGAAUGAGGCCGAUUCCCAGAUGAGUAAGGACAGACAGGUGUUUUACGAUGCCUCAUUACAGUACGUCUUCAAGAUCCAGGAAGUGCAGGAGAGAAAGAAGUUUGAAUUUGUAGAGCCGUUGUUAGCCUUUCUACAGGGGUUGUUUACGUUCUACCAUGAGGGCUAUGAGUUGGCCAGCGAGUUUGAACCAUACAAGCAGCAGCUGCAGUUCAACUUACAGAAUACGCGUAAUAACUUUGAAAGUACCCGUGCCGAAGUUGAAAGACUAAUGAAGAGAAUCCGCUCAGCAGAAGCAGACAUGAAAGCCCCGGGGUGCUUUACCAUGGAGGGAUUUCUGUAUAUACAGGAGAAACGUCCAUUGGGCUGUGCAUGGACUAGAUACUACUGUACAUUUGAAAAAGGUUCAAAGAUGUUCACCAUGAGCAACACAGAGACCAGAGCAGCUAGCAGACAGAAUGGUGUUGUGGGCAGUGGACCUGAGAUGUUUAGGCUGCGGUCCUGCGUCAGGAGGAAGACUGAGUCCAUAGACAAGCGCUUCUGUUUCGACAUCGAGGUGGUGGAGAGGCAUGGCGUGAUCACACUGCAGGCUCUUUCUGAAUCCAACAGGCGGCUAUGGAUGGAGGCAAUGGAUGGGAAAGAACCUAUCUACACUCUACCUUCUUUGCUCAGUAAGAAAGAGGAAACAUUUCUUAAUGAGGCAGGCUUCAACUUUGUCAAGAAGUGUAUUGACCUGGUGGAAUCAAGAGGAAUUAACACGCUGGGAUUGUACAGGACAGGAGGGGUCAAUUCCAAAGUGCAGCGGCUGAUGACCUCUGUAUUUGGAGCCACAGCUUCCCCUGAUGCAAACCUGGAUCCAGAGACCUGGGACAACAAGACCAUCACCAGCGGCCUGAAGAAUUACCUCAGGUGUCUGGCAGAGCCUCUGAUGACCUACAGACUUCAUAAAGAUUUUAUCAAGGCUUCAAAGUCUGACGAUCACGGAUAUCGCGUGAGAGCGAUUCAUGCACUUGUCCACAAACUACCAGCUAAAAACAGAAAAAUGUUGGACCUCUUAACCAAUCACCUGCUCACUGUUUCCACUCACAGUGACCAAAACCUGAUGACUGUUUCCAACCUGGGAAUGAUCUUUGGUCCUACAUUAAUGAGGUCACAGGAAGAAACAGUGGCAGCCAUGAUGAACAUUAAGUUCCAAAACAUUGUGGUGGAGAUUAUCAUUGAAAAUCACCAUAAGAUCUUUGGUGAAGCCCCGGACCUCUCAGUCCCUCUACCCCAGGCCCCUUCAUCUCGCUCUGCCCCUCGGCGAAGCAAGGCCAUCUGCCUUUCAUCUGGAAAGAGGAAACCCCGCCUCUACCCUCCUACCCUCUGUUUGGCUGACAACGACAGUGACACAUUCAGCAGCAGUCCCAGCACUACUCCAAUGGGCAGCCAGGAAUCGCUCUCUUCCCACUCCUCUGAAAAAAAUGGAUUGCCUAAGCCCCAACCCUCCCUCUCUCCUGCUGCUGCUGCUCCUGCAUCCUCCUCCUCCUCCUCCUCUUCAAUCCCACUCGUAUCUCCUCCUGUGCCUUUCUCUUGCUCCAAUUCCUCAAACGAGGAAGGGAAGAACAGACAGACGGACAGCAUUGCCACUGCUCAACAUAUGCCCUCAUCCUCCUCCCGGGUCCCUUCCCAUCACGACUUGGCCCGACAACCCUCUUCUGUCCGUUCCUCCACAUCCUCCCUGCACUCGGCAAUAGAGAGCAGUCCGCCUGUGAAAGGAAACUUUGCUGCUGGUUCCCUUUUGUCUGUGAAGGAGCCCCGAGUGCCCUCCAGAGCCUCCUCCUGUGCCUCGCUGCAGCAGCCUGUAGCAGUAGAGCGGGCCUCCUCGCUCCGGGAGAGCAGACCCAUUCAGCGAGCGUCCUCCACCUGCUCCCUGAAGAGCGAUCCCUUGGCAGACAAGAGAGCCUCUUCCGCUGUGAUGGAGGCGACAGCCACAGACGCUACCUCCUCUUCUGAGAAGCACAGGGCCGCCUAUAGAACGGCCUCUUCCUCCUCUUCCUCUUCUUCGUCCUCGUUUCGCUAUGGGUUUUCCACAUCAUCCUCUCUCACCUCUCUACACAUCUCUGAGGAUUACAAGAGCUGCCAUGGUUCAGUACAGAGUCUGAUGUCACAGGAGCCUCAACACACAACACUCACACAUAAAGGGUCACACACUCGCAGCGGCUCCGAUCUGACCUCUAAACACACUGCAUCUCCAGCUAGUAAUGGCUACCAGAGACCUGGAUCAAUGCUUUCAACCAGAGCACCACUGCGUGAAAGUGGAGUAUUUUCCUCAGCGCUAGAUAUAUGUGCCAGAGGAAGGGAAGCAAAGGCCUUGUACUCUUGUGAAGCUGAACACAGCCAUGAGCUCAGUUUUCCUCAGGGGGCAUUGUUUUCAAACGUGUACCCAUCUGUGGAACCAGGGUGGCUUCAGGCUACAUUCAAUGGCAAAACAGGCCUCAUACCUGAAAACUACAUAAAAUAUAUCUAA